AUGUUUUGUACGGCUUUGAGGUUCGCCAAUCCCGCACUCCGCCAAAUUGCAGCGGCGCAGAUUGCUGCCGUGAAGGAGGCGGGCACGUACAAAGGUGAACGUGUGAUCACCUCCAAGCAGUCUGCCCUGAUCGAUGUUCAGUCCUCCACCCAGCCCCUGCUGAACUUCUGCGCCAACAACUAUCUUGGCCUCGCCGGGAACCCAGAGGUGAUCCAGGCCGCGAAGGAUGCACUUGAGACCCAUGGCUACGGCCUGGCAUCCGUGCGCUUUAUUUGCGGCACAACCGACAUCCACAAGAAGUUGGAGGAUACCAUGACGAAGUUUCUUGGAACCGAAGAUACCAUUCUCUAUCCGAGCUGCUUUGACGCGAACGGCGGCGUGUUUGAAGCCCUGUUGAAUGAACAGGACGCUGUCAUUUCGGACGCACUAAACCAUGCGAGCAUCAUCGACGGUGUGCGUCUUUGCAAGGCGGAAAGGCACCGCUACGCCCACAUGGACAUGGCAGAACUUGAAACCGCUCUUCAGAAGACGCAAGGCAAACGCAUCCGGCUCAUUGUGACGGAUGGUGUUUUCUCCAUGGACGGUGAUGUCGCGCCGCUGGACAAGAUUGUGACUCUGGCCGAGAAAUAUAACGCAAACAUCAUGGUUGAUGACUCCCACGCCACGGGAUUUAUGGGUGAGGGUGGCCGCGGAACGCCGACUUUGUUUGGUGUCGUGGACAAGGUUGACAUUCUCAACACAACCCUUGGAAAGGCACUUGGUGGUGCCAGCGGUGGCCUGUCGUCGGGUUCCAAAGAAAUUGUGGAGGUUCAGCGGCAGAAGGGUCGUCCGUACCUGUUCUCCAACACAAUUGCGCCUGCCGCCGUUGGUGGGUCGCUGAAGGUGAUGGAACUUCUUCAGAACUCAUCCUCUGCCCAGAAGAAGCUACAAGAGAACACGCGGCUGUUCCGCACAGAGAUGAAGAAGGCGGGUUUGACUCUCAGCGGCCACGAGGAGUGCCCUAUCGUUCCUGUGAUGCUCUAUGACGCCCGCAUUGCCGGUGAGUUUGCGUCCCGGAUGAUGUCUCAAGGAAUUUACGUCAUUGCCUUCAGCUACCCAGUCGUGCCAAAUGGACAGGCGCGCAUCCGCGUGCAGCUCUCCGCGGCGCACAGCACCGAAGAUGUGAUGCGUGCUGUUGAGGCAUUCAAGACAAUCAAGAAGGAACUCAACGUGUGA